GUUGAUAUGAAGCGAAGUGAGUGAGGCGGAAGGGAACAAAAUGGCUGGGGUUGGUCAAUGGACUCUCUGCGUCGCUUCGCCGUCGCCGAGACUAACUCCGGCGAUUUGCAGUUCAAACUCUUCUCCAACCACUGUUAACUUCCGCGCUGAGCUGGCAGCAUUCCGUCCUCAGUUCCGUCUAUUCUCUCGUACGUCUCCGUCCCGUCGCCGUCUUCGCGCUUCCAGCUCCGAGGAGUCAGGAGGAAUCUUCCUUCCUCACCUUGUUGCUUCCAUGGAGCAAGUUGAGGAGACUUACAUCAUGGUGAAACCAGACGGCAUACAACGAGGCCUUGUUGGAGAAAUCAUCUCUCGUUUUGAGAAUAAGGGGUUUAAACUCAUUGGACUUAAGAUGUUCCAGUGCCCUAGAGAGUUAGCUGAGGAACAUUAUAAGGAUCUUAGCUCUAAGUCAUUCUUCCCUAGCCUCAUUGAGUACAUCACUUCAGGCCCUGUUGUGUGUAUGGCUUGGGAAGGUGUUGGUGUAGUUGCUUCAGCAAGGAAGAUGAUUGGGAAAACAGAUCCUCUUCAAGCUGAACCUGGCACUAUUAGAGGAGAUCUCGCUGUACAAACUGGAAGGAACAUUGUGCAUGGUAGUGAUAGUCCUGAAAACGGAAAGCGUGAGAUUGCUCUGUGGUUCAAAGAAGGCGAGCUAUGCGAGUGGGAUUUGGUUCUAGCUAAAUGGCUAAGGGAAUGAUCCUUGAAGAAUACAGAUUCAGUUGUAAUGGUCUAAACUUUCUGUUACUUUUUUUCUUGUUACUGAGUGAGGAUGAGAGCUUGGCUCUUUGUUCUUUAUUUUGGCGGCAAUGUAAGUUCCAUCUAUGUCGAAUCACUUAAAAACUUCAUGAUCCUUGUCGUGUCUUC